CACCUCGCCGCGCGCACCACCACACAAGCGUGUCUACUACUGUGGCCGGAGCUAGUAGCUAGCCACCGAUCGAGGAGCUAGGCGCAAGCUACCCCCAACCUCGAGCUACUACCAGAAGGCAGCUGCUGUGCGGCUGGCGCCAUGGAGAACCCCUACACGAGCUUCUUCAAGAGCCACCCGCACCACCACCGCCACUACUACCACCCCGCCGCGCCGCCGCCGGCGCCCGCGGCGACGCCCGCCGCCUACUCCUCGUCCCUGCCCUUCUUCGCCGCGCAUCUGCACCAGCCACCAACCCACACGCCGCCCGCCCCGCCCUCGCCCCCGCUCCGGGAAGCCCUGCCGCUCCUCUCGCUGGCCCCGGCCGCCGCCUCAUCGCGCGGUAUCACGCGAGAGCAGCAGGGGCAGCGCGGCCGGGCAGCGGCGGAUUCUGACGAGGACGGGGACGAGGAGGAAGAGGAGGAGGAGGGCGGCGGCCCGGCCGCGAGCAGUAACGUCCGCCACGGACAGCAGCGCGUGGGAGGCGGCGGGCUCUUCGCCGACCUGAACGCCAAGGCCGCGGGCGACCGGAUGGGCGUGGAGUCCGGCGCUGGUUCCGGCUCCGCGGCGGGCGACGUGACCGUGGCGCUGCGCAUCGGCUUGCCGACGACCAGCGCCGGCUCGGCCGACCUCAUCGGCGCCCGCAGGCGGCAUCAGGACGGCGGCGCCGAGGAGGAGGACGACGACGAAGGGAGGAAUGACAGGGAGAACGGCGGCGGGGAGGAGGAAGGGGAGGCCGUGGCGGCCCCGCUAGGGUUCACGUCGACGCCGAUCGGGCGGCUGAACAAGGGGCAGUACUGGAUCCCGACGCCGUCGCAGAUCCUGAUCGGGCCGACGCAGUUCUCCUGCCCCGUCUGCUUCAAGACCUUCAACCGAUACAACAACAUGCAGAUGCACAUGUGGGGCCAUGGGUCGCAGUACCGCAAGGGCCCCGAGUCGCUGCGCGGCAUCCAGCCGACGGCGAUGCUGCGGCUGCCGUGCUACUGCUGCGCGGUGGGGUGCCGCAACAACAUCGACCACCCGCGCGCCAAGCCGCUCAAGGACUUCCGCACGCUGCAGACCCACUACAAGCGCAAGCACGGCCUCAAGCCCUUCCUCUGCCGCCGCUGCGGCAAGGCCUUCGCCGUCAAGGGCGACUGGCGCACGCACGAGAAGAACUGCGGCAGGCUCUGGUACUGCCUCUGCGGCUCCGAGUUCAAGCACAAGCGCUCGCUCAAGGACCACGCCCGCGCCUUCGGCCACGGCCACGGCUUCGUCGCCGGCGCCGGCUGCGGUGGCGGCGAUGACGACGACGGCGCCAUCUCCGACGUCGACCAUGACGGCGCAGCCGCGGCGUCCAGAUGAUCCAUCGAUCGGUCGAGCUCCGAUAGAUCCUAGCCGGCCGGCAGAUCGAUCUUAUACAUACAACAGUACUGUAUGAUCGAUGAGCCCACCGGUGCGUGUACUUGCCAAAAAAAACAAUGUGCUGUACUGUAAGAGAUGAUCGAGCUGUUCUUUUAUAUUUUCGUUGCCGCCGCCGCCGCUGCUGCUAUUAUAUAUGUCCUCUUUAUCAUCUUUUAAUUGUUAGGACUUGCUUGCAUUGCUAGGGCAUAAGUACGGUACGGCCCAUGUGUGGUCAUAUUGUAGUCUUCUUGUUCUCUAUCCUAGUGAUAGUUGGAGGCUCGACUAGGGAACUAGCUAGCUAGUACAUUUCGAUCGAUCACGGGCAUGUGUCAAGAACUAGCUAGCAGCCUGUGCUGCCAAAUCUUGUGUGCAUUUCAUCCAGUUGCAAGAACAUCAGCUGACGCACAACACCCUUAUACACAAUUUUCCUUCAUAGUUA